AUGAAUAACCCGGUGGCUUGGCAGCUCUGGGAUGCCGAGUCCAUCGCGCUCGCUCGGCGGUUCAACCGAAUGAUAUUCUUGAGUAUUGGAUACUCGGCUUGCCAUUGGUGCCAUGUCAUGGAGAAAGAGUCCUUCAUGUCUACAGAUGUUGCUACAAUUCUCAACGAAUCUUUCAUUCCUAUCAAAGUUGACCGCGAAGAGCGUCCGGAUAUCGACGAUGUCUACAUGAACUAUGUCCAGGCCACUACUGGCGCUGGUGGUUGGCCUUUGAACGUUUUCUUGACCCCCAAUUUGGAGCCUGUUUUUGGAGGCACGUACUGGCCUGGUCCCAACUCGGCGACUUUACAAGGCCCGGGAACCACAGGGUUUGUUGAAAUUCUGGAGAAGUUACGCGAUGUGUGGCAGACUCAGCAGCAGCGCUGCUUGGAUAGUGCCAAGGACAUCACCGCCCAGCUGCGGGAGUUCGCUGAAGAGGGAACUCACUCACAGCAUGGGACCCGUGAGGAUGAUGAGGACUUGGACAUUGAGCUCUUGGAAGAGGCUUAUCAGCACUUCUCUUCACGAUACGACUCCAUCAAUGGUGGAUUUGGUCGCGCACCUAAAUUCCCUACUCCUUCUAAUCUCAGCUUCCUGCUCCGACUUGGUGCUUACCCGAAGGAAGUCGCCGAUAUUGUGGGGCAAGAUGAAUGUGAAAAAGCGACUGCCAUGGCGGUGACAACAUUGGUAAACAUGGCACGUGGUGGCAUUCGGGAUCAUAUAGGCCAUGGUUUCUCUCGGUACAGUGUUACGACUGACUGGAGCUUGCCGCAUUUUGAAAAGAUGCUGCAUGACCAGGCACAGCUAUUGGACGUCUACGUGGAUGCCUUCCGUUUGACUCACGAUCCCGAGCUUUUGGGUGCAGUUUACGACCUGGCUGCUUAUCUGACGACUGAGCCACUGCAAUCCCCCACCGGAGGGUUCUUCUCAUCCGAGGAUGCAGACAGCUUCCCCCAUCCCAACGAUACGGAAAAGCGAGAAGGCGCGUUUUAUGUGUGGUCCCUGAAAGAACUCACCCAAGUUCUGGGAACCCGCGAUGCUCCUCCGAGUACGACCCCCCACGACGAGUUCAUGAACCAGAACGUGUUGUCUAUUCGUGCCACUCCGAGCAAGCUCGCCAAGGAAUUUGGAUUGAGUGAAGAGGAGGUAGUCAGGAUCAUCAAGAGUGGAAAGAAAAAGCUGCAUGACUACCGUGAAAAGACCAGAGGCCGACCGGACCUAGACGAUAAGAUCAUUGUGGCCUGGAAUGGACUGGCGAUCGGCGCCUUGGCUAAGUGCAGUGUUUUAUUUGAGGAGAUCGAGAGCUCCAAGGCGGUCCAGUGUCGCGAGGCUGCUGCACGUGCGAUUGGCUUUAUCAAAGAGAACCUCUUCGAGAAGACCACAGGCAAGUUGUGGCGUAUCUGGCGCGAUGGCAGUCGUGGUGAUACCCCCGGCUUUGCUGAUGACUACGCGUACUUGAUCAGCGGCCUGCUGGACAUGUACGAGGCCACCUUUGAUGACAGCUAUCUUCAAUUUGCUGAGCGCCUUCAAAGUAAGAAUCUCAAAAUCAUGUCAACGUUGUAUCGACAACUAACUUUCUUGAUAGAAUACCUCAAUGAGUAUUUCCUUGCCAGGACUGGGUCUAACCCCGCCGGCUACUACAACACACCGUCAACUAUGACCCCGGGUAUGCCACCCCCUCUUCUCCGUCUGAAGACGGGUACCGAAUCGGCAACACCCUCAGUCAACGGCGUGAUUGCUCGCAAUUUGUUGCGACUGUCAGCGCUGCUGGAGGAAAUGGAAUACCGGACACUGGCCCGGCAGACGUGCAACUCCUUUGCAGUAGAGAUCAUGCAGCACCCCUUUUUAUUUGUUGGGCUGCUGGAUGUUAUCGUGGGUCUACAAAUUGGCACGAGCACCGUGACCGGUGUCUUCUGCACCGCGGAAAUUACCAACUCGACUCCAUCCAGUAGCGAAGGCCUCGUCAGCCGACAAAACCAACCGGCCUCGGCACGCGAUCUCAUUGUGCAGAAAGUACGGGCGCAGACCGGAUCCCGAAUCUCCUCAUCGAUUGUUGCGGCCUCGCUCGUCGAUAUUCGACCCUCCCAUCUGAAGGACUUUGUGGGUAAUCAGUCAUUCUGGUUAAAAUCGCGGAACCCACUCUUCAAGGAUCUUAAGGCGGGCGAUCGCGCCAAAAACUACCUGAUGGUUUGUGAGACUGCCCGGUGCAGAACCGUGGAUCUGUAG